AUGAAAACUGACGCGACGUCCCCACCCGAUCCAUGCGCUGGUGGUUGUGAGAAGAACCAGACGUUGGGCAUGAACGUUGGGCAUGAUAAAGACGUUGGGCAUGAUCAAGACGUUGGGUAUGAUAAAGAUUUUGAUAGAAUGAACCAGACGUUGGACAUGAACUGCACUUCUCAUAACAGCUCCAGCGAAGAAGACUUGAAGUGUUCCGGAGAAGGUUUACUGCGAGCCACUCUUCUGUUUGGAAUGUGUUUGACUAUGACAGUCAUCCUUGUUGGCGGGAUUGGCAAUGGAAUCACAAUACUCAUUCUUAUUCAUCAGAUGAUUCUAGGACAGAGGCAACAACAGAUUCGAACGAAGGCUUCGUCGGUUCUUGUGCUAAACCUUGCCAUUGCUGACUUGUGCUACAGCGUCUUGUGUCUGCCCUUCGUCUUCGCAAUUUACCUCAUCAUAUUCAGAUCAGGUCUAGAUCUCGAAGCUCCGCUCUCACAUGGAUUUGAUACCAAGUGUCAGUUCUCGGCUUUCUUCCGCUACACGAACGCCAUCUCCGAGUGGACUACGAUCGGGCUUAUGGCUCUUGAAAGGUUCAUCACGAUCAGUCGAUAUGCUCGGUGGCAGAAAGGCGGCUACCGCUGGUUCACUCCCAAAAAGUCUGCGUGUUACUGCCUCAUGAUUUGGAUAGUGGGUGUCGGCUUGCAGCUGCCAACGCUUCUCGAGGAUCUCGAAGCUCCGCUCUCACAUGGAUUUGAUACCAAGUGUCAGUUCUCGGCUUUCUUCCGCUACACGAACGCCAUCUCCGAGUGGACUACGAUCGGGCUUAUGGCUCUUGAAAGGUUCAUCACGAUCAGUCGAUAUGCUCGGUGGCAGAAAGGCGGCUAUCGCUGGUUCACUCCCAAAAAGUCUGCGUGUUACUGCCUCCUGAUAUGGAUAGUGGGUGUCGGCUUGCAGCUGCCAACGCUUCUCGAGGCUGGCCCGUUUUUCGGAAAAUUCGGCUACAACACUGACACUGUAAAGUGCGACUUUGUCAGUGACCAACCUGAAAAUUUCGGAAUGCGUGACGUCUUCUUUCUGAUGGAGGCUCCUGUUUCGUGUGUUCUAAUACUCGUGGGCUACAGCGCCAGCAUCGUGCGCAUCAAGAGCAGGGCAAAGUUCAUGCGACAGUUUGGCGUCUUGUGUCUGCCCUUCGUCUUCUCAAUUUACCUCAUCAUAUUCAGAUCAGGUCUAGAUCUUGAAGCCCCGCUCUCACACGGAUCUGAGACCAAUAUUUGUCAAUUCUCGGCUUUCUUCCGCUACACGAGCGCCAUCUCCGAGUGGACUACGAUCGGACUUAUGGCUCUCGAAAGGUUCAUUACGAUCAGUCGAUAUGCUCGGUGGCAGAAAGGCGGGUACCGCUGGUUCACUCCCAAAAAGUCUGCGUGUUACUGCCUACUGAUAUGGAUUUUGAGCAUUUGCAUGCAGAUGCCCACGCUCCUUGAGGUUGGUGCGUUUUUUGGCAAGUUUGGCUACAACGUAGACACAAUUAAGUGCGACUUCGUCAGCUCCGAAGGUCAAAGUUUCGGGAUGCGUGAUUUCUUCUUUCUGAUGGAGGCGCCCAUUCCGUGCGCUCUAAUCCUAGUGGGCUACAUCGCCAUCAUUGUGCGCAUCAAAAGCAGUACUCGGUUCAUGAAAAAAUUUGGGACUAGUGAGAGCCGCAUGAAGAUCGCCAUGCGCAACAGCAAAACAACGGGCAUGUGCUUCAGGCUGAUCAUCGUUUACCUCGUGUGUGUCGGCACAGUGUGCGUGUGGAACGUGGCCGUUCCAGAAGAAGAACUCGGCAAACCAUGCAAUCAAAUUAUAGGGAUCUACAUUUACUGUUUCUACUGGAUCCAGUAUGCCGCCAACAACUUUAUUUACGCCCAAUCUAUGCCUCGGUACAGCAAAGCUGCUAAACAAUUAUUGCACGCGUUGACACCUUGCUAUUUUCGGCCACAUGAGCAUAACAUCAAUCUAAACAAGGCAGAUAAGAGAGAACUUGUGGUGAGUGUUAUUUCCGUGGAGCGGUGCGAUGAAAAGAGAUCCGUCAUCGAAAUAUCGUUGCCUGCACAGAGUUGUGACGCAGUGACAAGCGAUAGCGAGUUUUCAUCUAAUUUCUUCAUUUCACACUUAUUCCAUACUCACACUCGGCACGAUAUAUGCGUCAACGAGUCACGCGUUUUCACCGGAAUCCCUGACAACGAAGCGACUCAGCAUAGUUAUGUUUUGUCCUGCCAACUACGCCCGAAACGGUCUGUCUACUCUGAAUGGUCGUUUACGAGUGAUCGUUCGGUGCGCGGUCCUGGAAAUGACUACCUAUUCCUCACCUCCCCUAGCCGUAAAAGAAGUUUUUCUGAUUGUGAGCAGCGCGAUCAUUCCUCUAAAAAGGUCCAGCGGACACUUUCUUGCUAAAUGCCACGGUAAAAUCUGUCGCGUAUCGUGUACGCGUAGAUCAUGGCGCUAACAACAUCUUAUGCUUCUAUCGUGUCAUAAAUAAACGUCUCGGCUUUAACUUAUUUAUAAUUGU